UGCAGCUCCCAUAGUAGCAGUCCAUUCUUGGCUAACUGAAACUGAAAGCCUGAAACUUGAGCAACCAUGGUGGUUUGUUCGCCUUCUCCCAUUUCUACAGCUUUUUUCUCCAAUCUAACGCAACCCACUUCAACUAAAACGAACUUCUUUACUCCUUGCACAAGGGCUAUGGCUAAAGAGCUUUACUUUAACCAUGAUGGUUCAGCCACAAAGAAGCUUAAGGCAGGGGUAGACUUGGUUGCUGACUUGGUUGGGGUGACACUGGGCCCUAAAGGUAGGAAUGUGGUUCUGGAGAACAAGUAUGGACCUCCUAAGAUUGUUAAUGAUGGUGCUGCUGUCCUCAAGGAGGUUGAAUUAGAGGAUCCAUUGGAGAAUGUUGGAGCAAAGUUAGUGAGGCAAGCUGGUGCAAAAACUAAUGAUCUUGCUGGUGAUGGUUCCACCACUUCUGUUGUUCUUGCUCAAGGUCUAAUUGCUGAGGGUCUGAAGGUUAUAGCAGCAGGUCUGAAUCCUAUUCAGAUCUCACGAGGGAUUGAAAAGACUGCAAAGGCCCUAGUUUCUGAACUCAAGUCAAUGUCCAGAGAGGUUGAAGAUCACCAGCUUGCAGAUGUGGCUGCAGUCAGUGCAGGGAAUGAUUAUGUGUUAGGAAACAUGAUUGCAGACGCUCUUCAACGAGUUGGGAGGAAGGGUGUAGUCACCAUUGAGAAAGGGAAAUCCAUCGAGAACAGCCUGCAGAUUGUAGAAGGAAUGCAAUUUGAUCGUGGAUACUUGUCUCCUUACUUUGUUACAAACAGGCAGAAGAUGUCAGUGGAAUUUCACAACUGCAAGUUGCUUUUGGUCGACCAAAAAAUCACAAACCUGAAGGAGUUGUUUACAAUACUGAAUGAUGCAGUAAAGGAGAAGUACCCAAUUGUGAUAGUUGCAGAGGGCAUUGAGCAGGAAGCUCUGGCUCCAAUAAUUAGGAACAAACUCAAGGGUGUGCUGAAGGCAGCUGCUAUUAAAGCUCCUGCCUUUGGAGAACGCAAGAGCCACUACUUAGAUGACAUUGCUAUCUUGACUGGAGGUACUGUAGUCAGGGAUGAAAUGGGGCUAAUCUUAGAAAAGGUUGGAAAAGAGGUAUUGGGCACUGCUGUUAAGGUGGUGAUAACUAAGGAUUCAACAUUGAUAGUUACUGAUGGAAAUACUCAACCAGCUGUUGACAAAAGGGUUUCUCAGAUUCGAAGCCUUGUUGAGAACACAGAAGAAAAUUUUCAAAAGAAUAUUCUAAAUGAAAGAAUAGCAAGGUUAUCUGGUGGAAUAGCUAUUCUUCAGGUUGGAGCACAAACAGAGGUUGAAUUGAAGGAUAAGCAACUAAGAAUUGAAGAUGCUUUGAAUGCAACCAAGGCAGCUAUUGAGGAAGGUGUUGUGGUCGGUGGAGGCUCUAGCCUGUUGAGGCUUUCUUUGAUGGUGGAUCAUAUCAAGGAUAUUUUGGACAAUGAAGAGCAAAAGAUUGGAGCCGACAUCUUUAAAAGAGCUUUAACCUAUCCAUCAAGAUUGAUAGCUAAAAACGCAGGUGUAAAUGGCAGUGUUGUGGUAGAGAAGGUUCUAUCCAUUGAUGAUGUAAGGUAUGGAUAUAAUGCUGCAAAAGGCUGUUUUGAAGAUUUGCUUGCUGCUGGAAUUAUUGAUCCAACAAAGGUGGUUAGAUGCUGCUUGGAACAUGCUGCAUCUGUUGCUAAGACUUUUCUUACAUCUGAUGUUGUUAUUGUUGACAUCAAGGAAUUACAUGCAAUUCCUAUGAGAAAGCCAAUUCCAAAUUCAGGUGUUGGGCCUAUAGGAUUUAAGUCUGAUGGCAUGAGUUAAAAGGACAGAUCUUCAGUCUUCACACUUAAAAAAUCUCUUCUAUGCAGUCCUUCAAAUUUAGAAGAUGGUACUUCAGAAGAAGAGGCUGAAUCAGAUGACCUACUAAAAUUUCUGAGGUUGCUGGUUAUUGGUCAGUCAGCUCACUUGUCAUAACAAAUGCUUCCUGUUAGACAAAAGAGCUUUUUUGUAUACCCAAACUACAUUGUGGAAGAGGAUUUAUCAGAGGGGGUGGUGUCAAGCAAGGUUGGGAUUGUACCUUUUUUACCUGAGUUUUUACAGGCAUUUUAGCUUCAUCCUGUGAUAAUGGUCCAAAGUGCUAGAGGGUUUUUUUCCCCCUCCAAUACUGAAGAACAAAAGACACAGCAAAGGCUACUUUGGGAGAUUCAGUAUCUUAAAAU